UUUAUUAGUCCCGACUUGAAUGUUUAUUUUGGGUGCAGUGCCCAAAGUACUUGGAGGAAUCUGCGCAAUCGCUGCCAGCUUCAUCGCCUGCUACCAGAUUUAUCAGCACCUCCAGCACUAUUUCUGUCCAUCUGAACAACGGUGGAUUAUCCGCAUUCUUUGCAUAGUUCCGAUCUAUGCUCUAACCUCAUGGUGCAGUCUAUUGUUCUGGGAGUUCAGCAUUUACUUUGACAGUAUCAGGGACGUUUAUGAAGCGUUUGUGAUCUACAACUUCCUGUGUCUGUGUUAUGAAUACCUGGGAGGAGAGAACAGUAUUCUGAACGAGAUUCAGGGCAAGGAGCUACAGAGGUCCUGGUAUACUGGCACCUGCUGUCUUCCUAAGAUACACUACGAUAUUCAGUUUCUGCGUUUCUGCAAGCAAAGCACUCUCCAGUUUUGUGCCGUAAAGCCUAUUGUAUCACUGAUUACUAUUAUACUGGAGGCAAACGACCAAUUUCACGAAAACAAUCUACAUCCAAAAUACGGAUACCUAUACGUCACUAUAAUCUACAACAUCAGCGUGACGCUAGCACUCUACGCUCUAGUACUAUUCUACUUGGCGACUAGAGAGAUUCUAAAGCCACACGACCCCGUGUUAAAAUUCUUUAUGGUCAAGGCAAUAAUAUUCGCUUCAUUUUGGCAAGGUGUGAUGUUAUCAUUCCUGGAGCUGAUAAACGUUAUAAAAGCCACGACGAACAGCGCUGAAACAGUAGUCAUUACAACAGGGCAGAUAUCCGCCAGUUGGCAGAACUUCUUUAUCUGUGUGGAGAUGCUGAUAUCCGCCUUUUUACUCAGGGUAGCUUUCCCUUGCACCGUGUAUGACAAGAACGAGGCAUCAGGAAGGCAGACAUUGAGCACAAACAUCCGCGACACGCUGAACCCUAAAUACAUGGUCAACGACUACAUCCACAACUUCUCCUCCACCUACAGUUCAUAUGCACUGGGCAACCAGAGUGCAAAUGACGAGAGUGACAUGGAUACCCGACCCCAGCGCCACGAGACCCCAGAGAGCGAUGAGUGGGGUCCUCCAAACAAUACUCCGCAUGACUUCUUCAAUUCUGGACAGCACACUCUCGUGGAGCACGAUCAGCUGGACUUGAACAGCAGGAGCUGAAUUAAUUGAGUAAUUGAUUGAGUAAUUAGCAGAAGUAAAUAAUUAAUGACAGAUUAUGAUGAGCCGGUAGUGUCAGGCGCGCAGAGUGUUGCGUUCAGAUAGUAUGGUUAUUAUUGAGCUGGUCUCUCGUAAUUUAUUAGCAGAUUUUUGGGCUUAUUCAGCAUUUUAGAUGUUUUUUCCUUUCUUAAGUUCACUAUUCAUCGCUUAGUUGUUAGUUGAUAUUCAUUUUAUGAUUUCAUUUUGAUCGCAAGCGAAGAAUCAGCUAUUGUAGUAUAUAUAUAUUAUAUGUUUUAACCUUGACUUUCUGUUGCAAUUUAACUGAAGGUCGGACUAUACAUUUAUUAAUGCUUGUUUAUUUACCGUUUUAUUAAAAAUUCUUAUCUUUAUUAUUGGCGUAAUCCUUACUUUUGUAAAUGUACUUAAUGUUUACUUUAAAUUAAUGGGAACAACUGCUGUAAUUAAAUUGAAUUUUAGUACGCUAGCCUUUAUUAGUGUUAUUAGAUUAAAUGUUAGAUUAUUAGUAGUACUAGUUAAUAUAAUUUAAUAUUACAAUUUAUGGAAAAUUCUGAAUGAGAAUCGUUCGAUGGAAUAUUUUAAAGAUGAACCUAAUACUUGACUUUUUCAGCAUUCAUUUUCCUUAUUCAAUUAUAUUUUUAUUCAUGCAUUCAUAGAUUACGUAAUAUUAAUAACAUCGCGCAAGGCGAUCUGUAGGUGAUACUUGUAAAAUAAUUGUUUCAAAUAUUAGACCGUCGACGAGUCCAACUCGGCGCGCGUCUUGGUAGGUUAUACACCUGCAAGAUUUUACCCAGAAGUUUGUAAAUUUAAAUUUAAUUUGAUGUUGGAUCUAACACUGCACACUUGCGACAAUGCGACUGAUUGAACCAAUUGUUUUGAUGAUAAUGUUAAAUGUUCUUGUAUUAUGUAUUAUAAGGUUUUAUUACGAAAU